AUGGCUGAUCCCAUGCCACCAAUUGAAGCUGCACUCAGAUUAGAACUUUUAACGUAUAGUACUAGCGCGCAAACGUGGUUCGUCCAGCUUGAUGCAAUUUUCCAGGCGAGGCAUAUUACUUUACAACAAUCCAAAUUCGCAUUUGUGAUGGAGAAGUUACCUGCCGACGUGGCAUCGGAGGUAGCGGAUAUCCUUACUUUUCUUAAAAUAUGCGCAACUGCAAGUAACGUCUUCUUCGUCCGCCCUGCAACGAUUUCUCGCCAAGGUCCGAACUCUUCCCUCUGCCGUCUGAGACUGACUCUUCUCUCUGCCUUCCGGGGAACUCUAACUUUCUCUGUCUGGCCUGCAAUUCUUCUGCCUGCCUGGCCUGCAAUUCUUCUGCCUAUCUGGCCAGGCAAUUUUUCUGCCUGUCUGGCCGACGAACAGCUUUUCUGCCUAUCUGGCCUGAUGCAAUUCUUCUGCCUGUCUGGCCUGCAAUUCUUCUGCCUGUCUGGCCUGCAUAUCUUCUGCCUGUCUCAACAUGUCGAAACGGACUUUUGCCCCCUUCUUGCCCUUGAUGCGAACAGAAUGUUGAGGGCCCGCCGGCCGCUCUCCAACUGCUCUGGCCGUCCACCCCCGCAACUCUGA